ACAGUCAAGAACGUUUAAGCGUACCAGCGUCAGAGUCAUCGUCGUCGUCACCCUAAUAAAGUUUCUUUCAGUACGGUACGAUUCGGUACGAAUACACCACGACCCACCUACGAUACGCUACGAUACAAUACCAAACGACCCUCACUACCUACCCUCACUAUCGUCACGACUGACAUCAUUUUAUUAUUUCUUCCUUUGAUUUUCUCCAUCUUCACCUUUCUUUUUCCUAAGGCGACUUAUCCGAAUUAAUCCCACAUGUCUUCAAUCGCCUUGCCCUCGAACUUUCGCCCGCAUCUCCCUUCUCCAACACAAACCACUUUUACCACUUCGUACCCUUUGCGCCAUACUACGAGUUUAGACAAAUUACAGGAUCAUCUACUCGUUCACGGUACUCACCUGUAUAAGGGUGGUCUUCGAACGCCGCCCACCGAAAACAUGAGCGCAACUAUCCACCAACCCGUGUUAUCCAACACGUAUAACAGCCAUGUCGCUCUCGCGAGACAACCGAAUACUCUGAUGCAGACUGGUCGAACUGGCGGUGCACACUCUGGCACUAUGACGAAUUCUUAUCCUACCACGCAUACACUCCAACAAGCGCAAUAUCAACAGCAGCCGCAAUUCACCCAAGCAGCUGUACCUCAACCAGUCAUAUCCCAACCAGUAUACCCCUGUUCGCAGCAUUCACAACACUCGCAGCUGUCUCAACAAUCGACUAAACCAACGACUAGAUCGACGACGCCUGCCUCUACGGGUUCUCUAAGCGUGUAUUCGGAGGGUACGAUCUCUAGAAGGGAUUCGGCCAUGGUAACACAUUGCAUGCAACUCCCUUCGUGUAUUAGCCCAAAUGGUGGGAAUUUGGAUGACUUUGCAGCACUGAUGACCUGCUUUUUCUGGUUCGAGACCAUGGAUACGAUCAACGCUGCAGAGCAAAUCAAGCAGCGUUCGCCCACUGACCCGAUCCCCCCGUUAUCCCAGUAUACCGAGCCGUGUCCUGUGUACAAGCAGUGGGUGAAUAAGAUUCUCUCCACAACUCAGGUUACGCAGAAUGUCAUAUUACUGGCACUGCUGUUUGUUUACCGGCUGAAGAAGGUGAACCCAAAGGUAAACGGAAGUCCGGGUAGCGAGUAUCGACUGUUAACUGUAGCCCUUAUGUUGGGCAACAAAUACCUGGACGAUAACACGUAUACCAACCACACAUGGGCGGAGGUUUCCUCGAUUUCGGUGAAAGAGAUACACAUAAUGGAGGUCGAAUUUUUGAGUAACAUGCGAUACGGCCUCUUGACGUCAAAGGAAGAAUGGGAUGAGUGGCUCCAGAAGCUUGCCUGUUUCCACGAAUAUUACGAAAGGGCGAAGAUUGAGGAGCAACGUCGGAAUGCUCCGCCUCCCAUGCCGAUGACUGUGCCAUCCCCGAAUCACGGAAGAUUCACAUCUCCGUUACCAUCACCCACUAGUAUUCUGCCUUCGACCGGACAGGGCGCGCAGAUGUCGCUUGCAGCUGCUUACUCCCCCAAUUCGGCCAUUCAGAACCAAGCUUGGAGUAGUUACCAUCGUGCUCCGUCGGUCUCUCCUCUCGCGUCCAAGCCGAGUCUUGGUCAUCCCAUGGUGCGCAAGAGAAGUUUAGAGAGCCCUGAUGGGCUCGAACAUGCGCCGAAGAGAGUUAGCCGCCAGGUCCCUGCCGCGAUGAUGCCGUCGACCCGACCAACCCAAGGAAGCGCCGAAACGGUUCGUCUACCUGUGCCACAUCUUACACUUGAUACUAGCCAAGCGGUUACUCCGUUUACGUAUCCUCCGGCCCAUUACCCCCAGCCGGCAGUGUCGUUGCCCCCAAUCGGAUCAGGCGUGAGGGCGAUGUCGACCGUGUACCCUACUGCCACGACUAGUUGGGCGCCUCAAAGUUCCAUGGUCGCUACCUGCGGACCGCAGACGCCAUCUUACGUUCUGCCGCCCAGCUACGGCACGCCGACCAAGCGACAAAGUCCCACGAGUUUGACUCCUUUUGGCUCAUCCCCAUUGGCUGAGGCGUAUGGAGCCCAUACCCCAGUCUCCAACUCACCAUUGGUUUACCUACAACAGCGGGCGAGUCCUUAUAAACCGGUCCGCCGUGUAAACCACCUACUUAAUCCGCCCCCGUCCAUGCCCCUUUCUCAGUACCACCUAGGAUCGAACCAGAUGCAUUACCAGCCUCUUGGUCGACGGAAUGACCUACGUUCAGGCAUCGUUCCGGAAUUCCUUCCCGCAUAUCCUCCGAACCAUCGAUCGCCAACGAAUCACCCAUACUAGUUUUCCCUACUGUACUCAACAAAGUCCUAGCACUCUAGGAUAUUCGCGCAACCGCCGUAUUUUCUUAGUCUUCUGUCGAAACAUUUGCAUUGGCAUCGGCGUUUGGAGGCAGCAUAAAGUCGAUACGAACUCGACACCUCACGGACACAAGGAUCGUUCUUCAUUUUUUUAUUCCCAACACGAUUGCAUUAUACACGGCGUUAAGUAAUUGCAGGUGAAGGCGUCUCAUGGCAUUUGAGGACCGAUUAUUCGCACAGGGUGGUGAUAUGUUCACUGCAAUUAUGUACUUUGGCUGGGCAUAUGGUAAAAACAGUUCGCGUGUCUAGGACUGGGGUGGUUGGGAGAGGCCCAGAUCUAGUCGACGAACUUGCACACGGACGAGUAGCUAUUCCGAGCUAAUACUCGCCGCGUUUAUGUAAAUAAAGGGUUUGCCAUCAAUAGAAGCAUCCCGAAAACAACAAACGAAAACCUGAAAUUUCUGGAAUCACAUUGCGUCUUUGUGAAUGUGCGUAUAGUAUGUUAUAUUUCGCGAUGAUGUCACAUGGACCCUGGAUCUCCAAAUUCUUUGCGUUCAAUGCGGGGAACUGAGAUGGGGUAAUUCCCCAAUGAGGGGAACAAAGUUAUGAUUACGUUAUUUGAUUGGCUUGCUCCGGCUUAUCGGAGAAAUUAUUUUGCGGGGUUUGGAGAUUUGGCAGCGCAACAUGACGUCCAAUAGAUAUAUCAUACCAACA